UGUUAAAAGAUAAACUAAAAUAUUUCAUGCAUGUAAAGUGUUUAAAUGAAAUUGCUGCUCAAAAGUAAUAUUCUUAUAUUGUCUUUCUGCCUCCUACCGGAUCCCGGGGUGUAUUAAGGAUUUGCCACGUUGCUGUAGGCAACAUUGUUAAAGCCUUUCACACACGCUUAGAGGAUGUAGUCUCAGUAACCCGCGGCGGAUAACGGACAACUUUAAGCUGCCAUACUAAAACACGUCUGUGUGAUAGACUUGUGGUCUCAAAAUGUUAACUGACAUAAUUUUAGAGGAAGAGUUUGAGAAGAAUGGAGACUCCUGGUACAACCCGCAGGAUCUUGAACACGAUCUUCAUCUGGCAGCAGAGCUGGGAAAAACCCUCCUCAACCGGAACCACGACUUGGAGCAGGCCCUGCAGCAGAUGUACUCCACUAACAAGGAGCAGCUGCAGGAGAUCGAGUACCUCACCAAGCAGGUGGACCUGCUGCGUCAGAUGAACGACCAGCACGCCAAAAUGUAUGAGCAGCUGGACAUGGCGGCCAGAGAUCUGGAGCAAGGCAACCAGAGACUAGUUAAGGACAACCGCCUGGCCCAACACAAGAUCCUAGGCCUAACAGAGACUAUCGAGGGACUUCAAACCCACAUGGAGGACCUGCAGACCCAGGUGGAGGAGCUGAAGGCUGCCCAGGCCGAGCGAAACAAAAGAGAGUUGGCGGAGCACCGACGCAGCCUCGGAGCCCAGAGUGUUUCAUGUCUCAAAGAGCUAUACAACUUGCAGCAGGACAGGUUUUCAGCGAGCGAUGGACUCUGGUCGGCUCAGAGCUUUCUCCAUGACAGAGAUCGACGGCAAGAUCCAGAAGAAGAGAACCAAGCUCUUCAACGCUCCGUUCACACACUUCAGAGGCAGGUAGCAGCGGAGCGGAGCCGCAGGGAGGCUGCAGAGCGGGAGAUUGAGUUGACAUCCAGGGAGAACAGAAGUCUGGAGCAACGGUUGGCCAUGUUGUCGGGCUGCCGGACCAGACAGAAGGAGCUGGAGGAGGAAGUGGAGCAGCUCCGGCUCCUGUGGCGCUCCGAUUGUGCCAACAGUGUUAGAAGACCUGAGCAGCUGCUGCUGCCGGAAACCGUGUUCUUUGCCUCAGAGGAAAGGCCAAGUCCAGGACAGAGUGAGGCCGAUGACAUGGUGGAAAAGGUUGAGGAGCAGAGCAGGCACAGCCGACAGAGGUGUCACAGCGACAGCGUCUUAAGAGCAACAAGCGCAGAUGAAAUUCGCAGUGGUCACGAGCAGCUGUGUAUCAGGAGGGCGGAGGCUGUGAAACAGAGGGGCAUGUCUCUGCUCAAUGAGGUGGAUGCACAGUACAGCGCUCUGCAGGUGAAAUAUGAUGAGCUGCUGCAGCGAUGCCAGCAGGCAACGGACGGGCUCAGCCAUAAAGCCGUCCAGACGGCCAGCGGUCCUUCUGUGAGCACCCGGGCACGCCGCCGCCUGUCCAGCUCAGCCACAUUAUCUGAUCUGAUGGCUUUUCUAGAGGAUGGACAGCAGCCCGAGUACAAGGCUCUCUUCAAGGAGAUCUUCACCUGCAUCCAAAAAACAAAAGAGGACCUCAAGGACAACAGGUGUCCAGUCAGGGACACCGAUUCCCAGGAUUCUUCAAACUGAAUGUUUUUCCCAUUGUCUCAUCUCUGUCUGCACUGAGGUUGCUUUGCUUUAAAUCCAUCCUAAUGGUGCAGAUGCUACAUGUACAUAGCAUCCUAGAUUGGCUGGCUAAAGUUUUGUUUGUUUUGUUUGCACUUUUCAUUUUAUUCCAUCCUUAUGAAAAUUAGUCGUAAAACUUGUACGUGAUAGGUGUAUUAUAUUAAAUAUAAUAACUCCAUAAAUCUGUAGAAGCUAAAGACAAUGUAAUUGGAGAUAUUUAAACAGAUCUUUUGUGAAUAAGUAGCACAUUUAAACAAAUCCUAGAGUAUUAUGUCCGCUCAGUGUUUUAUAUUUACGUAUAUAUCCUAUGACCACUUGAUUGGUUGGUGAUUGGAAGAGAAAGGCAGACGGAGUAACGGCACAAUGAACAGAGGAAAAAGAAAUGAGUUGGAAUGUGAUGAAAUACUGUAGAAUGAUAAGAGUUUAUGAUGGUUAGCCAAGUAACUAAUGUCAGUUGGUUUUUGUAAGUUACGCAGUAGAUGACGGUCACUGGUAUGUAGAAACGGGCUCAAACAGUUUUUUUCUGAGAAGUUCUCGCACAGCAGCAGGACACAAGAGCUCCACACUUUUUAAAAUGGAUCACAUUUCUGUUUUAUUUAUUUAUUACAGAAGCUAAAACAUAUUUAUUUAUUUACUUUGUUGAUUUAUUUUCAGAACAAAUUGUAACUUGAAGUAUGGCUCUUAUGUGGUUGUAAAUAUUGUUUCACUCAGGUGAUUUAAUGAAUUUUAUCUUGUUGCUGAUUGGGUUAACACACAUUUGUGAACCCUUUGUGCAAACUCCAUCAUUUGUAGGUAAAAUAGUAAAAGUUCAGGACCUCAGCUAUUAUUUAUCUGACUUUCCAUGUUAAAAAGAGAUUUAUUAAAGCAAUAUUUUACAGUUUAGAAAGGCAUGGAUCGGUAUAAUGUUGUGAAUCUGUUGGAUUCAUUGUCAUAGAUGUCCUUCACAAAGACUAGCAUUGUUUUUCUUUCAUAAUAAUAGAAAACAUUGAUUUCUUUGUGUCAACACCAAACCUGACAUCAGUGUGUGCAUCUUAAAUGGUGUCACUACAGAGUAUGAAAGAAAUCAGAACAUAACGCUCAAGCACUGAGUCCUUAGACCUUCAUCCAGUUUAUUCCAGUCAAGCAACAAUUAAAGAGCCUUUGUCUCUUUUCAGUAAUAAGUUUUACAUAAGUGAGAUUUUCCCCACCCUCCUUUAAAGUAACUCCAAAUCCGCUCAACCUCCUAACAAGGGGAUUGCUUACCACGCUCACCCAGACAGGCAAGAAUUGGUGAAAUCUGAGCACGCACUUAUAAAGCACAAAUCCUACAAAAGCAUCAGAUAUGCAGAAAACUGCUUUAUUUAUCAAACGUUAGAUUACUGAGGAUAAAGUAUCACAGACAGUUUAAAGCUGAGAUGGCAAAAGAUAUGAUUUAAAACAAAGUGUCAUUACUAGAAGCCACUAAAACCCAGCAGGGAAAGAAUUUUCUUGAUUAUGUUAAUAUCUAACUUAAAUCAGAGGAUUUUCCUUUUCUACAUAGUAAAGAGUUCAGUUAUUACAGUGAUACAAAAAUGUUUGUAUCAUGUACACAAAUAAAACCUGA